CCAAAAAUCAUAGCAAAUCAUCAUCAUAAAACAAAAACAAAAACCAAAAAAACACGCAGAUGCCUAGUUGGAUACUUUUCUUCCUCUUCUUGCAACUGUUCUUUGCUAUCCAACCAUGCCACCGGGUAGUGACCUCUGCUGCUGGUGGUGGUAGGUGGCAACUCUUGCAGAAGAGCAUUGGCAUAGUAGCCAUGCAUAUGCAACUCCUCAACAAUGACCAUGUAGUCAUCUAUGAUAGAACUGAUUUUGGCAGGUCGAAUCUUUCAUUACCAGGUGGAAAAUGUCGGGAUGAUUCAAGUGAAAUAGUUGUCAAGCAUGACUGCACUGCUCAUUCUGUUGAUUAUGAUGUUUUGGCUAAUAAAUUCAGGCCACUUAUGGUCCAAACCGAUGUUUGGUGUUCUUCAGGAGCUGUUUUUCCUGAUGGGAGUCUGAUUCAAACCGGUGGUUUCAGUGAUGGUGAGCGUAAGGUCAGGACUUUCUAUCCAUGCAAGGGUGAUUGUGAUUGGGUAGAAACUGGUAAUGGUCUUAAGGCAAAAAGAUGGUAUGCCACUAAUCAUAUUCUGCCAGAUGGGAAGCAAAUCAUUAUUGGUGGUAGAAGGCAAUUCAAUUAUGAAUUUUAUCCGAAAACUUCUUCCCCUAAUGUCUACAGUUUGCCAUUUCUAUUGCAAACUAAUGAUCGUGGCAUUGAAAACAACUUAUAUCCAUUUGUUUUUCUCAAUAGUGAUGGGAAUUUAUUCAUUUUCGCUAAUAAUCGAGCCAUAUUGUUCGAUUACAAGACGGGCAAGGUGGUGAAGACUUAUCCCGCAAUACCUGGAGGUGAUCCAAGAAGCUAUCCAAGUACAGGUUCUGCAGUGUUGCUUCCAUUGAAGAACUUAGAUGCUGCAACUAUUGCAGCUGAGGUUCUGGUAUGUGGAGGUGCACCAAAAGGGUCUUUUGAAAAGGUGGCAAAAGGUAAUUUUGUCAAAGCUUUGGACACUUGUGGCCGGAUCAAGAUAAACGACCCAAAUCCACAAUGGGUAAUGGAGACAAUGCCUCAUGCUAGAGUAAUGGGUGAUAUGACAUUGCUUCCGAACGGCGUUGUUUUGAUCAUUAACGGGGCCGGAGCAGGUACUGCCGGGUGGGAAAGUGGUCGCAAUCCAGUCCUGAACCCAAUCCUCUAUUGGCCCAACGGCGCAGCAGGGUCAAGGUUUGAGUCUCUAAAUCCAAAUACGAUACCAAGAGUGUACCAUUCCACAGCAAUUUUGCUCCGUGAUGGCAGAGUUCUCGUUGGUGGUAGCAAUCCCCAUAUUGGAUAUGAAUUCAAAGGGGUCUUAUUUCCAUCUGAAUUGAGUUUAGAAGCAUUCUCUCCACCAUAUUUGGAUGCACAGCAUAAUUACGUGAGACCAACAAUUCUCUCAUCAACUGCUUCCAAAGGUAAAUAUAUUGGUUACGGACAAAAACUGCUGGUAAGGUUCAAGGUCACGGGCAAAUUAAUGGCAGAUAAGAUUUCAGUGACGAUGGUUGCUCCAGCAUUCAACACACAUUCCUUUUCUAUGAAUCAUAGGCUGCUGGUACUUGGGAACACGAAAGUGACUUCUGUGGGCACAUCAACUUAUGACGUUCAGGUUACGACGCCCCGUUCUGGAUAUCUUGCGCCCUCGGGACAUUACAUCUUAUACGUCGUUCAUCAAUAUAUUCCAAGUACAGGCAUUUGGGUCAAAAUUAUGUGAUUGUUUAUGUAAAGAUAUAGAUUCAUAAGUUUGUAUGGCAUAAUGGCCACAUGAUUUGGUCUAGCGUAUUUUCUGCUCAAAUUCGUAGGCAAGCACGAUCAGAACCGUAGUUGCUUCUAUGCAUUAUAUGUGAUUAAUUUGUUGCAAGUAUUUUACAUUUUGGCGCCUA